AUGGGCUCCUUUGAAGAACGAGAGAUCGAGAUCGUCAUUGAGAACGACAGGCGGUAUUGCAACGAAACAUACUUCAUGCCCAACGAUGAGCCGGAGCAGACGCGCUUGAACAUCAUCCAUCAGGUGUACCUUCUACUACUGGAGGGCAGCUUGACCUCUGUUCCCAUCACUCAAAAUGCACCCCGUAUACUGGAUAUUGGGACCGGCCCAGGUGAUUGGGCUAUCGAGAUGAGUGGCAUGUAUCCCAAUGCCACAAUUGUGGCCUCGGAUAUUGGGGUUUUCGACGGCGGACUGAAUGACCUUGACCUCCCCAAUGUAUCUUUUCAACUUGAUGACGCUAGAAGGGUGUGGGCCUACACUGAGCCGUUCGACCUGGUCCACAUACGUGGGCUUUCCGGCGCUUUCCAGGACUGGAACUUCAUCUACCAGCAGGCUUUCCAACACCUUGCGCCUGGGGGCUAUAUUGAGGUUGCCGAUACCGAUCCAGCGGCUGAUACCGUGACUCUUACCCAUCUCGACAAUUCAUACUUCAGGGACUAUACUUCUGCAAUCCGAUCCGCCGCCGAAGUUGCAGGAUCCUCCCGUGAUUUGAGCCACCUUCGACCCUGUAUAUUGAGCGCCGCCGGUUUCGUGGAUGUUCAAGUCACGGAGCGCACCGUGCCAAUUGGAUUGUGGCCGGAGGACCCGCAUGAAAAGACCAUGGGGAAAAUGGUACUCAUUGCGCUUCUGGAGGGCCUGGAGGCAUAUGGUCUCCGACAGCUCACAGCUACACGCAACUGGACCGCGGAAGGAGUACGUGAUCUAUGUGCCAAAAUAAAGAGAGAAAUCAUGAUGGCCGACAAAAUGACCGCUCGCGUAAAGAUCAUCACUGGCCGCAAGCCCAUAUCCUGUGCUCCAGUAAAAGAGCAGCAAAGGAACAGUCUACUCAAGCGAGUCUUCGACACAGUGGACUAG